AUGCAUGCCACAGGGGCAUCGCUCACGCAGGGCGAUCGCAUGGAGUUGCGAAGGUCCGCGGUUGUGCUCAACGCGCUGGCGACACCCGUCGUGGGUCAGUUAGUCCAAUACGGACUCACGGCAAUGGCAUACGUGGGGUACGGCAUAGGGCGGGUAUCCUUCUACACACGACAAAGCAUCGCACCUCCGCUCUCGUCUCUCCUCUCCUCGAUAGGGACGGAGGCGCAACCCGUGGUGCCUGCUUCUACGCUUUCCGCGUCUGUGCAGCACCUAAUUGAGAUGCGGGCGUAUGAGCAGGCGGCAGCUGCAGCUACAGCGGGAGUAGGAGGCAAUAGCAGUUCUGCUUUUGGCAGUGUGGAGGUCCCACGGUUUCGCGGCAUCUUGCACGGCAAGGCGCUCGUUUGCCUUUACGUGGACCCCAGUCCCAUUCAUAAUCGUGGACUCAUAACCACGCGCGAUCUCCCACGUGGCACCCGCAUCAUUACAGAACCACAACGUAGCUACAUGGACGCCGCAAACUUUGUGCCUCUUCUGGCGGACACGCAUGCGCGGCUUCCUGACACAUGGCACUACACCACACCCUUCCGACAUGUUGUUGGAGCUCGUCACACAGCCGCUGCCGCAUCAUCUCAUGAAUCACAGCUGCGAUCCGAACGUCUGCAGCAGCCUCUCCCAUGGGUUCUAUCUAGUCCGCGGCGGCGGUCUCCAGCAUCGCCGAGCUGCUUGACCGUAUUCGGCGCUUCCCGCACUUUGAGGAUCCCAAUAGUUUUUUCACUACCCGCGACGUGCCGGCCAGGAGUGAGUUGA